AUGGCGGAUGGUUCCAAUGUCGUCACAAAGGAUGACUUGGCUGAGGAGUUCAUCCAACUGGUUCCAGAAGACGCGGAGUUCGAGGUGCGACUGUUCAGUUGCUUAGAGGUGCGGGUAAACGAUGAAGACGGCCGCUACAUGGUGGCCUCAAAGAAGUUGGACGAUGGCGCUUGGUUCCUUUUGGAAUCUCCGGUGGUGUGUUGGCCGCUGACGCAGCAGGAAGGUGAAGCGAGUCUGUGUGACUUCCCGAGCAGCUGGUGUGAGGGCUGCUUGCGUUCACUUCCUGAGCCAUCCAGUGAACCAUCCUCUUCAAGACGCAGGUUGACCACACCAACUCCCCCAAGGCUCUGUGAAGCUUGUGCUCAACGCGGUUUGCGUGAGAUGUUGACUCAGGAGGAGCUGAUCUCCUGGCGCCGUUGGCAGCACCAGCGCUCGGCCAAAAGCUGUGUUGGCCUCGAAGCCUUCGGCCGCUGCUUGGCCCAGGUGGCUCUGAUAGCAUCCAAAGCCAAAGAGGCAGGUUUGGACAACUCCCAGGCGGUGCAUUUUGCCUUGAAGCCUUUUGACAGGCCCCAGGGCCCACCAGGCGAUGCCCAGGUCCUGCUGCACGGCACCACGCCAGCGGAAGUAGCUCAGGAGCUACGAGUUUCGGAACCAUUUCAGAGCAAGUUACGCAAGGCUUUGGGCGUAGAAGCUGACGCUUUGCUCUCUGAGGUCCACGUUUGGUGCAACGUUUUGUGGUUCAAGCUUUGCAACCAGACUGCAACAUGGACGCCAGUGCGUUCUGGUGUUGCAGAGAUGCCGAGUGGUACAGGCGAUGUCGUGGCUGAGGCUCUGCCACCUGUCGCCACCUCCGCCGAUCAAACUUUUUGGUCGGCGGCCAACGAUGCCUCCUAUGCCGGCCGCACGGGCAUCAAGAGCUUGGUGAAUGUCAACAACUCUGCUGAGCUUUUGCGCUUGGCCUAUCUUCAGUCCAGGAAGAUGCGAAAGAUCACCAGCGUAGCGGCUGUGCGCGCAGCUGAAGCCCAGGGAGUUGUAACCUACAUGCAGAAUGUGACGGACCCUGGCUUUGACAAUGGCAAUCCCGCCGGAAAUUUGCUGUCCAAAGUUGGUAGCCUUGGUGGUGCAAAAGAGCCAUUGAAGUGGCAGAUCGACACCGGGGAGGGGUUUCUGAGAGACGCCCCUGACGACGUCAUGGGUGACAUGAUGGGCUCCGGGAUGGCCUUGGCCAAGGGUUUGAUGAGCAAAAAGAAGGGGAAGAAGAAAGGAGGAGUCGCUGCUCUUCUCAAAGGACCCGGAUCCCCCCCGAAGGUGGAUUUGGCUGCCUACGAAAUGCAACAACAGCUGCGGAUGACCUUGGACUUCGCGCGACGAGCAGUCUUGGAGGCGGCGCAGCUGGAGGAUUCCAUCGGAAAGGCCAGUGCAGCAGCAAACGAGACAGUCGGGAAAGCCGCAGAGUAUUUGAACCUGCCAGGCUUCCCACCAGAGGCUUUGCGUCGACCACCAGCGCCCAAAGGAUUCGGAGGCCGACCCUCCGACAUGGCGCCGCAGUUUCUGGAUUUCCUGUACCAAACCCCGUGGAAGGAGCGUGUGGCUGCUGGGCCAAAUUCCAUCCUCUCUUUGGCCGAUCCUUAUUCUCAGCCAGGUGGUCCAUCUGGACGAGAGGUGCAUGAUUUCUUUGGCUCACCACCAUUGCCAGUGGAAAGUGACGAGAAGUGCCUCGUCAGCUUUCUAAAAAAAACAAAAGGAGUCAGGUGUUCCCAAAAAAACAAAGAAUUUGUUUUGGACUUUUGGGAACAGCAUCCUUUCACGUUUGGCAAUGCCUGGCAGGCCACAUGGUUCGACGGUCAAGAUGUCACGAACGAGUCACACAAUGUCACACACAUGUUAACUUGAUGAAAGUUGAUUUUCGAUGAUUUUUGUCUAUCAGUCGUGUCGAAAGCAUCGCUCCCAGAACCCACAACAGACACCGUGCCACUUGGCAGCUGUACAGCCUCUAACUGUGGCACUCCGCGCCUCUUCGCCAUGAGACAGCGAAGCCUCUUCCAGUUGAUCCAGCCACCUUCACGAGCCGCAUCGAUUCUGGAGCCUUACAGACUGACUUUCUGAUCUUUCUGAGGGACGCGGUAUGAGUUUCUCCGGUUUGUUUCAGAAUUCUUUUCUUGUGCAGAGGCUGUUGAUUUCAAAUGCUAGAUUUUGCAUAGAUUUGCCAAGAUUUGCAGGAGAAGCCAAGCUGAACUUUCACACAACCCUAAUACUCCAUCAUACUUCUGCUUGAAUUCCCAAGGCCUAGAUGUAUUUCUGCAGGAAUACAAAGCAAACCCAAAGUCUUUGAACAGAUGGUAGAGCUGAAGCGAGCAGACAUGGAGGCCUCCCCACAAAUCCACCAGAAUGGUGUCUUCAUGCUGCUGAACGAGCUUCGACCAUCAGCUCCGUGUGUGUUUUGGAACGAGGUCUUCAGUGCAAAGCAAUGCCACCGACAAAUGAUUUCCAUUUGACGCUCCAACCUUCAAGCAUGUCCACGUGUCCAACUGGAACCAGGUGGAACGAUGGGGAACUAGAAAUAACUAGAAGAUACGCGUAGCUGUUGAAUAUGUUGAAUACGGUAGAAAUCAGAGAAGUUCCAUGGGACCGGGUUACCGAGCCAGGAUCCCAAGUGAACAUCCCAGGUCAUCCCAGGUGUGCCACGCAUGGAAGCUGCGUUCUUUGGCACAGCACUGCCAUGGCAGCUUUUGGUUCCAACUUUUUUCGUUGCCCUUCAGGUCUGAAUAGAUGAUCUCACAUGCCUCGUUGGCCCAUGUGAUGUGUUGCUUUCAGAUCUUGCGGAUGCACCAUGCUUGGAUGUGUUGCUAAUUCCUGAUCUGAAUCCAAUGGCAAAUGAUGGCAAAUGGCCAUUUGACCUUUGCUCAAGUCUUGUUUGUUGAUUGACAAGACAAUGAUGAUAAUGAUGCAAGUGAAGAUUUCCGGCCGCUUUGGAGGUGUAAAAUGCAUGAGCUCUGCCAUGCGUUAGUGCCAUAGGAAUUCUACAGCAACGCUAGGAAUUUCGGGAGCUUUGACCGCACCUGACUUUUCAGGUCGGCACCUGCAGGGGGAGCCGCGGGUGAUGCCUUGGGUUCUUUGGGUGCAGUUGCCGGUUUAGCCAAAGCUCUUUGAGGUUGGCUGCAGCGAUGGCGAAGGCCCACAAAAAGGUGUGUUUCUGGCAGCUCAUUUCGUUUGCUGAGGGAAUCCCGCACUGAGAAGUUUCAGAGCACUGGCAGUAC